GAAGGAACGCGACAGCGAGCGGAGGGAGGGGGCGAGGAGGCAGGCGGGCGGGCGGGCGGGCCGGGAGGGAGGAAGGGCGCGCGGGCGGCGGCGGCGGCGGCGUCAGGACCAGAGGACGAACCGGGACGCGGCGCCGCGGCUCCAGGGCGCGCAGCCGGGCCGGCCUGACCCCUCCGGCCACACGGUGGAGCCAUCGCAACUCCCAAACCCACCGGCAGCCUGAGGCAGAGACUCCACCGACUGUUCCCCUCAGAGCCCGCCCGGAUCUAUGUCUGAGUUUUAAGCCUCGCUUUCAAAGACCACACGACCACCUCUUCCCCGCAGCCGAGCCGCCCCCCAGCCCCGUGCAGCCCCAGCCUGCCUCCCGCCGCCCAGCUGCCCGCCAUGCCCGCCAGCGGCCCCGGGGACACCAGCAGCUCCGCCCUGGAGCGGGAGGAGGACCGCAAGGAGGGAGAGGAGCAGGAGGAGGCGCGCGGCAAGGAGGAGCGGCAGGAGCCCAGCACCACGGCCCGGAAGGUGGGGCGGCCCGGGAGGAAGCGCAAGCACCCGCUGGUGGAGAGCAGUGACACGCCGAAGGACCCUGCGGUGACCUCCAAGUCCCCAUCCAUGGCCCAGGACUCAGGCCCCUCCGAGCUGUUACCCAACGGGGACCUGGAGAAGCGGAGUGAGCCCCAGCCAGAGGAGGGGAGCCCUGCCGGAGGACAGAAGGGCGGGGCCCCGGCCGAGGGAGAGGGUGCCGCCGAGACCCCGCCCGAAGCCUCCCGCGCCGUGGAGAACGGCUGCUGCACCCCCAAGGACGGCCGAGGAGCCCCCCCAGAAGAAGGCAAAGAGCAGAAGGAGACCAACAUCGAGUCUAUGAAAAUGGAGGGCUCCCGGGGCCGGCUCCGGGGGGGCCUGGGCUGGGAGUCCAGCCUCCGCCAGCGGCCCAUGCCGCGGCUCACCUUCCAGGCGGGGGACCCCUACUACAUCAGCAAGCGCAAGCGGGACGAGUGGCUGGCACGCUGGAAAAGGGAGGCUGAGAAGAAAGCCAAGGUGAUCGCCGUGAUGAACGCCGUGGAAGAAAACCAGGGCUCCGGCGAGUCUCAGAAGGUGGAGGAGGCCAGCCCUCCCGCCGUGCAGCAGCCUACCGACCCCGCGUCCCCCACCGUGGCCACCACCCCUGAGCCCGUGGGGGCCGACACGGGGGACAAGAACGCCACCAAAGCGGCCGAUGACGAGCCGGAGUACGAGGACGGCCGGGGCUUUGGCAUUGGGGAGCUGGUGUGGGGGAAGCUGCGGGGCUUCUCCUGGUGGCCCGGCCGCAUCGUGUCCUGGUGGAUGACCGGCCGGAGUCGAGCGGCGGAAGGCACCCGCUGGGUCAUGUGGUUCGGAGACGGCAAGUUCUCGGUGGUGUGCGUGGAAAAGCUGAUGCCGCUGAGCUCCUUCUGCAGCGCCUUCCACCAGGCCACCUACAACAAGCAGCCCAUGUACCGCAAAGCCAUCUACGAAGUGCUGCAGGUGGCCAGCAGCCGCGCCGGGAAGCUGUUCCCAGCGUGCCAUGACAGCGAUGAGAGCGACACUGCCAAGGCCGUGGAGGUGCAGAACAAGCAGAUGAUCGAAUGGGCCCUGGGAGGGUUCCAGCCCUCUGGCCCCAAGGGCCUGGAACCACCAGAAGAGGAGAAGAACCCCUACAAAGAAGUUUACACAGACAUGUGGGUGGAACCCGAGGCAGCUGCCUACGCUCCGCCCCCACCAGCCAAAAAGCCCCGGAAGAGCACCACCGAGAAGCCCAAGGUCAAGGAGAUUAUCGACGAACGCACAAGAGAGCGGCUGGUGUACGAGGUGCGGCAGAAGUGCCGGAACAUCGAGGACAUCUGCAUCUCUUGUGGGAGCCUCAACGUCACGCUGGAACACCCUCUCUUCAUUGGAGGAAUGUGCCAAAACUGCAAGAACUGCUUCCUCGAGUGCGCGUACCAGUACGACGACGACGGCUACCAGUCCUACUGCACCAUCUGCUGCGGGGGGCGCGAGGUGCUCAUGUGCGGGAACAACAACUGCUGCAGGUGCUUCUGCGUGGAGUGCGUGGACCUCCUGGUGGGGCCCGGCGCCGCCCAGGCCGCCAUUAAAGAAGACCCCUGGAACUGCUACAUGUGCGGGCACAAGGGCACCUACGGGCUGCUGCGGAGGCGGGACGACUGGCCCUCGCGGCUGCAGAUGUUCUUCGCCAACAACCACGACCAGGAGUUUGACCCUCCGAAGGUUUACCCACCUGUCCCGGCCGAGAAGAGGAAGCCUAUCCGGGUGCUGUCUCUGUUUGACGGAAUCGCUACAGGGCUCCUGGUGCUGAAGGACCUGGGCAUCCAGGUGGACCGCUACAUCGCCUCGGAGGUGUGCGAGGACUCCAUCACGGUGGGCAUGGUGCGGCACCAGGGGAAGAUCAUGUACGUCGGGGACGUCCGCAGCGUCACGCAGAAGCAUAUCCAGGAGUGGGGCCCGUUCGACCUGGUGAUCGGGGGCAGCCCGUGCAACGACCUCUCCAUCGUCAACCCCGCCCGCAAGGGCCUCUACGAGGGCACUGGCCGGCUCUUCUUUGAGUUCUACCGCCUCCUGCAUGACGCGCGGCCCAAGGAGGGAGAUGACCGCCCCUUCUUCUGGCUCUUUGAGAAUGUGGUGGCCAUGGGCGUUAGUGACAAGAGGGACAUCUCACGAUUUCUCGAGUCCAACCCUGUGAUGAUUGAUGCCAAAGAAGUGUCCGCUGCACACAGGGCCCGCUACUUCUGGGGGAACCUUCCUGGGAUGAACAGGCCGUUGGCAUCCACUGUGAAUGAUAAGCUGGAGCUGCAGGAGUGUCUGGAGCAUGGCAGAAUAGCCAAGUUCAGCAAAGUGAGGACCAUUACCACGAGGUCGAACUCCAUAAAGCAGGGCAAAGACCAGCAUUUCCCCGUCUUCAUGAAUGAGAAAGAGGACAUCUUAUGGUGCACUGAAAUGGAAAGGGUGUUUGGCUUCCCUGUCCACUAUACCGACGUCUCCAACAUGAGCCGGUUGGCGAGGCAGAGACUGCUGGGCCGGUCGUGGAGCGUGCCGGUCAUCCGCCACCUCUUCGCUCCGCUGAAGGAAUAUUUUGCUUGUGUGUAAGGGACAUGAGGGCAAACUGAGGUAGUUAAACAAACAAAACAGAAACAAAACAAAACAAAAAAAACACAACAAAACACAAAGAACAUGAGGAUGGAGAGAAGUAUCAGCACCCAGAAGAGAAAAAGGAAUUUAAAACAAAAAACCAGAGGCAGAAACACCGAGGGCUUGGCCUGGUGGCAAGGGUUGGACAUCAUCUCCUGAUUUUUCAAUGUUAAUCUUGAGUCCUAUUUAAAAACAACAUCGAGUUCCCUCUUCCCCUUCUCCCUCCCCUCCUUUAUUCGGUCAAAUCUUUUGUUUUCCACUCUUUUUUUUUCAGAGGGGUUUUCUGUUUGGGUUUUUGUUUCUUGCUGUGACUGAAACAAGAGGAUUUAUUGCAGCAAAAAAAAUAAUAACAAAACAUACUAGCGAUACCUUGCUGAGCGGAAAGAUAAGAGAGAAGGGAAAGAGGAAAUUCUAUGGAAAUCUAUAUAUUGGUAUUGGAUUUUUUUUUUUUUUUUUUUUUUUUUUUUACUAUAUAUCUUUUUGUUGUUGUCUCUAGCCUGAUCAGAUAGGAGCACAAGCAGGGGACGGAAAGUAGAGACACUCAGGAGGCCGAAACCCCUCCCAGCCACUGAGCUGUCCUGCCAGCACCAUUCCCGGUCAUUGAAAAGCAGAACCCAACUAGCAGCAGGGAGACGAGGACACCACAAGACCCUUUUAUACAGUAUUUCAGGUGCCUACCACACAGGAAACCUUGAAGAAAAACCAGUUUCUAGAAGCCGCUGUUACCUCUUGUUUACAGUUUAUAUAUAUAUGAUAGAUAUGAGCUCUAUAUAUAAAAGGUACUGUUAACUACUGUACAUCCUGACUUCAUAAUGGUGCUUUCAAACAGCGAGAUGAGUAAAAACAUCAGCUUCCAUGUUGCCUUAUGUGCAAAGGGUUUUAACCGAGGAUGGAGAGAGGGUGGCUCUCGCCCUGGCUGUGCCACGGGGCGAAGGACAGUUUGGGGGGCCUCGCGUCCCUGCCAAAAAGGGGGUGAGACGAGGUGGUCAGGACCGUGGACAGCUGAGAGCGGGAUUCAUCCGGGAUCACGCAAUAACCACCUUUUGAUUUCGAUGUUUUAUUUUUAUUUUUCCAAAAAGGGAGACUCCUCUCAGCAGGAUGGCAGGAUGAGGUGGAGGGUCUUCAUUCCACGUUUCUCCCGUUAUCCGAGGGCUCCUCACGGUGGGAUCAGAGCUAGCCCAGAGUGCGGGAAAGUGACCGCUCAGAGCCCCACCUGGAGCGAAUAAAAAAACAUACAAAGCGUACUGGUGCUUUCCUGUCUAAAGUCGCCUCUUGUGUGUUCUUUUAUGAGGCCCCACCAUCCGCCCUCUGUGCACCAGGCGGCCCCUCGGCCCUGGAACGCGAUGUUUUUGGUCAUCUCCAAAGGCUGCAGUUUUAUACUGGGAGGCUGACGACACCUUCUGUUAAUCCUUAUGCUUAUGGUUCUGGUUCUAAUUCUGUUUGUUUUUCCAGAUUUUUGUGUUGUUUUUUUUUCCUUCUUCUUUCCGUUAAGAACACAAAAACCCAACCCCCCCCUCCCCUCCCUCCCCUUUAAGGUUUCAAACCAAGGUGCGGGGAGCAGGGUGCUUCUGAGUGAGGGGUGGCCCCGGUGCCCUGGCCCCCACCUCUCGGGCCAGGUGGGCCACCAGGCGGGCGUUCCGGUGCGUCCUCUUCUCUUCUCCUUCCCCUCCUCUGGAGCCGUGUGUGUGCGCGUGUCAGGGCCGGAGGGCGGCCGGUGUCUCCCUCCCGCUUGUGUGGCUGGAGUGGUGUGUAGUUCUUUUCUAGUGCUUUGGUCUGGUGGCGGCUGUGCUCUUAGCCGGCGGCGGCAGCGGCGACACUGGGUGCCACCGCGGCGAGCGGCCCCGUGUUGGCGGCUCCGGGGCGAGGGCCCAGGGGCCGAUGCCCGCCUGGGUAGAUGGGGUGUAGAUAUGUGGCAUAUAGAGAUAUAUAUUUUAUAAUGGGAGGGGGGAUGGCACCUCCUGGGACCGGCAGGGCUGGGAGGUGUGCUGCCAAGCACAUGGUCCCGAGUUCGCAUCCCUAGAAAGAAAUGGCCUACGGUGAUAGGCGCUAUAUAAAUAGAUAGGGUCACGUAAAAGAGAUAUUAUGGAGUGGGGCGGGAGGCAGGGGGGCUCAGGACGCUGAGCUCCAGGCCCCGCUGCAGACGGAAGCCCCGCGCCGGUCAGUCCCACACGCAUUACACAGGAGCAGGAACAGGAGCAGUGCUGUCCGAGGCACUCACAGCCAGGGGGCGCCCUCCGCUCCCCCGGGAGUCAGGACUGUGUGGAGCCGGCCCUGCAGCUCUUUACCUCUGUUGCCCUGAUCGCAGCUAGACUGUCAGUCCCAGAAGUUGCUCGGUGCUGAAGGCAGGAAAAGGAGGAGGUUUUAUUUUAGCAGGUGCUCUCCUCUAGCAGGUAGCGUUCUCUCUCUCUCUCUUUUGCCCCCUGGUGAUGUCAAAAGACUCUUCUGUUAGCAACUGUGAUACUGACCUGCAACUCCAGGCACCAGUCAAGUCAGCCCUCAACUCCCCCUACCUAUUCUCCCCUCACCAAAAUGCAAUUCACUCCAGGUCCGUCUUGGCCAAGGGGCUUCCAUUCCAAAAAAAUAAAUAAAAAAUUUUUUAAAAAAUGGGACGGUGAACCUCACGUUUGGAUUAAGCAAAUCCGUAAUUUGGUGACAAAAUUAAAACCGAGGCUUUGGAUCCCUUGCUCAUGGCUCAGGAGUCAGCUUCCCCCCUCCCCCCUUGGAGGGGUGCGUGGUUUCUGGACCCCCAUCGACUCCUUUCCUUGUCAGAUUGGCUUUGGAGGUCAUACCCAGUUGCAUCCCGCCAGCUCUGUGACGCCAGCUCUGACGCGGUGGCCAGUGGCGCGGGUGGGCCCCCAGGGGGCUGGAGUGGCCAGGAGGGGCUCCCUCUGCCCCCCCCUCUCUGGAGUCCCUGUCCUGACGGGUGCUUGCAUGUCCCCUCGCGCUCCAGCCGGCUCUCUCUGCCCCUGGAGGCCACCAGCGCCCCGGGGAGGGCUGGGGGAGGAGGGCUGUCUCGCAGCCCAAGGUGCUCCCUCCCCCGCCGGCCAGCGCUAGGUCUUCCCAGCCCCCGGGUCAGGCCUCCCUCUGCAAACACUCGCAGCCUUUCGGGCGCUCCUGGGGCUAGAUCCGCGGCUCCUGCGAAGGCGGUCGCCUUUCCCAGUGGCCCAAGCUGCACCCGAGGGGGCGGGGUGGGAGGAAGCUUGGAAGCCAAGGACGUGGCAAGCCCCAGGACCGGUGCGGCCGGCCAGCUUGCUCAGGGAGGCGCGCUGUGCUGACCCCUAAGAGCGCUUGUCCCUCCCAGCGGGGCCCUGGGGCGGGCCAGGUGCCCCUCGCAGGGAUGCGAGUUCGUCACCAGCCAGCCUGUGGGCUCAGCCCCACAGCAGAACGUGGUGAGUGCAGCGGACCCUGCGGACAUGCCCACUGGCCAUGCCCGGACGCUCUUCCUGCACUUCCACCCGUAGGGGGACUCGUGGGGAGGCCCAGGCCCCCUUCUAAAGGGGGGCUGUGCUCCCACAGGCCGGGCCGGCCGAGUGCUGAGUGGGGCUGUGGCAGUUGCUGUGCAUGAGGCUGAGGGUGGAGGCAGUGGAGCAGGAGACCUAGGAAAGAUUCUGGAGUGUGUGCCCCGUGGCAUUGUCUUUGCCCUAGAGAGUGACAGCGGUCUUAGAGGCUGCCCCUGUUCGUUCCAGGGCCCAGAGCCCUAGCCCGGGGCCGGAGGAGGAAGCCAGUCUCCAGCAGGCAGUGUGGGGCCCCGGGGGGCUCGGGCUGGCCGGUGCUGUCCCUCCCCCCCGGAACCGGCUGGCGGGAGCAGUGGGUGAGGAUUUGCAGUUGGCAGGUGCCAUUGGUGUGUUGCUCCCCGAUUCCCGUUCAGACCCCAGAACCUUCUUGCUGUCGGACAUCCCGUUAGCAGAGUUCGCAGGAGACCAUCCAGGGUCCCGGGCUCCGGGGACAGGCCUGGGCGUGGUUGGCUGUUGGCGAGGCCCGUGUGCUGUCUGGUGGGCCGCUGAGGUGCCGGUCAGGGCAGGCAGAGCAGGGGGAAGACUGUCGGACAUGGGAGCGGUCUCACGGAGGGCUGGCCCCCUCCCUGCGCUUCCCGCUGAGCUGGCCAUUCCGGGGGCGCCAUCUCCCCCCCCGGGGAGGUCUGGGGCAGGAGCAGGAAGGUCGGUUGGGCCCGGCCGGCUGGGGGAGGACAUUGGAAAACCGAGCCGGGCGCCCUCCCGGCCGUGACAGGAGAAGGAGACGCGGAGUGGGUCCUGGAGGUGGUGGUGAGCUCCCGUCACCCCCCUGCCUGGUGGUGCAGAGGCGCGGUGGCCCCGUUAUCUCUCAGAGGCGUCGUUUCGGGGGACGUGCAGGAGCCCCCGGGAGCUGCGGGCGAGGGCCCUGGGGCCUGGCUGGCACGGAGGCCUGAGGAACUCCUGGUUCCUUUGCCAGGAGCAGCAGGGCCAAUGUUUUGGUGAGAACGGAGUUUCUAGCCGGGCCCCGUUUGGGUCUGAACUUGACAUCUGUGGUCCAGUCUGGCCGCUCGGACCCUGGAGCCCCUCCUCCCGCCCAGGAGGGGAAGGGGCGUGUGGAGGGCUGGCCCUGCCGCUGAGGCAGGGACCGUGGGCCAGGGGGAGGAUCUGGGGGGGGAGGGGUACACGGGGAUGGACUCCCCUGUCUGGCAGAAGCUCUCCAGCCUUUCCAUCUCGGUGAAGGAAGGCGGGUCCCUGGGGAGCAGGGCAGACAGCUCAGGCGGCCUGGGGUCUGCAGCCUCCUGCUCACGGCUGGCCCCAGGCAGUGGAGUUUGGGGGAGGACACACACCAGGUCUUUCGCAGCGAGGACAGGGUUGGAAGGCCCCUCUUUGGUUGUGAUCGGAGGCCCGAGGACUCCUGAAACUGGAAACCUCCCGCGUGGGCAGCUUUCUCAAACCCCGUCCGUCGGCCUCCCGCCCCGAGCCUGAGGGAUGAGCAGGGAUCCAAAGCCUCACCUUGGUCCCAUGUCACUCCACAGACUGAUUCGGUCGCACAGCCCUGAGAACCCAACAAUCAACCCACCGCCCCCAACAAAAAAAACAAAACAAAACAGAAAAUGCCGAAAUUCCUUAGAAUACGCAGAGGGAGGAGGUGACUCAACAAGGUGCUAAAAAAAAAAACAAAACAAAAAAACAUUUUAUUAAAAAUAUAUAUUGUUAAAUUAAGUCUGCUGUCUGGACAAUGACUGUUUGUUUUGUUUUCUUGUAGUGAAGUUUGAAAGAGACUAUUAUUUUACUCUGAUAUAUUAUUAUUAAAAAGGCAUUUUAACUUUGUACUUGAAAACUAAAUGAGCGAUUUCAUGUGUUUUAGCUGAGGCAUUGAAGUAGCGGGUGCUUACUUAUUUGUGGGAAAUCAUGUAUUCAUACUGAAGAAUUAAACUCCGUAGCUGAUUUGGUAAUAACGUUCCCCCUGUUACAGACGAUUUUCGCUUUUGGCCCCGUCGGCAGAGCCCUGUCACUCCACAUUCCACGCAGCUCAAUGCAGGACUUCCUCCCCUCCCUCCCCUCCCCUGCCCUCCCCAGCCCCCGCCUGCCCUUUCUCUUCAGUUCCUCUCUUUUCCUUGCAUUGUUUUCCUCCUGGUUCCAGCAUCCUUUCACCACUGUAUUAUUUUUUUUUUAGGGUUGCUUCUCUAUUUAUUGACAAUAAUAAUGUACAUUUCACAGUCUGGUUCUGGGACGUCGGGUGGGGCGUGUGCGAGGGGCCCCGAGCGGUCCCCGGCCCGGCCGCCCGGGUCCCGUUUGUAUCUGUGUGUGAUGCUCGUGACAUAGCUGUUUAUGAAAUAAUUAAAGAGGUCAAUGCGUACAGCCGAUGUAGAACGUCUGUCAGUUCCGCCUUCAUCACUAUUUUCUCUCUCUCUCUCUCUCUCUCUUUUUUUUUUUUUUUUUUUUGUGCCCAGAAGAAUAUAAUAAAGCUCCUUUCUAAUGUACUUGUGCUGGAGAACACUUGAAUAAAUGGACUGUUUUUGUGCAAAAAGAAAAAAAAAAAACGGAAAAAAGCACCGC